AUGGAUCAGCACGUUGUUGCUUUACAGCUCAACUUCGUCGUCUUCUUCCUCUUCCUCCUCGCGGAUCCAUUCUCAGGAGCCUCUUUGUUCUUUGAAGAUAGACAGAGAAUCAUUGAGAAGCUGAGAGUAUAUGCGCUACGAGGGGAAGAUUCUGGAGUAACUACAUUGUGUUUCAACGGUUCCAUGAUGGGCGUCUGUCUGAUGAACCCAUGGCUUCUUUUCAUCACAUUUCUUUGUGCACUCACCAAUGUUAUUGAAGCGCUUAGUCCUGAUGGUGAGGCGCUUGUGAGCUUUAGAAGUGGAGUUUCUAAAUCUGAUGGUAACAUCAGUGAGUGGAGACCAGAGGAUCCAGAUCCGUGUAACUGGAAGGGAGUGACUUGUGAUUCCAAAACAAAAAGAGUUAUAGCCUUGAGUCUUGCUCAUCAGGAAUUAAGGGGACCUUUACCUCCUGAGCUUGGAAAACUGGAUCAGUUGAGGCUUUUAUACUUGCAGAACAAUUACUUGACUGGGCUAAUCCCAAGUGAAAUGGGAAAUUUGUCUGUGCUUAAAGAUCUGGACAUCUCAAACAACAAUCUCAAUGGAGCUAUCCCUGUUUCACUUGGGCAGUUGGAGAAGCUUACUACUUUCAAUGUCUCAAACAAUUUUCUGGAGGGGAAAAUACCUUCUGAUAGCUUACUCGCCCGAUUUUCAAAGGAUUCCUUCAUUGGAAAUCUUAACUUGUGUGGAAAACAAAUUGAUGUGGUGUGCAAAGAUGACAGGGGAAACUCUUCUACUGGGUAUACGGCAGGCCAAGGAGGUAAAACCGUUAAGCUACUUAUAAGUGCAUCAGCUACUGUUGGUGGGUUGCUCCUAGUGGCGCUCAUGGGUUUUUGGGGAUGCUUUCUUUAUAAAAAGCUUGGAAGAGUUGAGAUUAAAAGCCUCGCAAUAGAUGUCAGUGGAGGUGCGUCUAUAGUGAUGUUCCAUGGAGAUCUGCCAUACGCUUCUAAAGACAUUAUCAAGAAACUGGAAGCUCUUAACGAAGAGCAUAUAAUAGGCUGUGGAGGUUUCGGAACAGUUUACAAACUGGACAUGGAGGAUGGCAAUGUUUUUGCGUUGAAGAAAAUUGUAAAGUUAAACGAAGGGUUUGAUAGGUUUUUUGAAAGGGAGCUUGAGAUUCUCGGAAGCAUCAAACAUCGUUACCUUGUGAAUCUACGUGGAUACUGCAAUUCACCCACAUCGAAACUUCUCCUCUAUGAUUACCUUUCUGGUGGUAGCCUUGAUGAAGCUCUUCAUGAGAGAGGCGAGCAGUUGGAUUGGGAUUCACGAGUAAAUAUAAUAAUAGGAGCAGCAAAAGGGUUAGCAUACUUGCAUCAUGAUUGUUCUCCUAGGAUUAUACACCGUGAUAUAAAAUCAAGCAACAUUUUACUCGAUGGAAAUCUUGAGGCUCGAGUAUCAGACUUUGGACUUGCCAAGCUGUUAGAAGACGAAGAAUCUCAUAUCACAACCAUUGUUGCAGGCACAUUCGGUUACUUGGCUCCAGAGUAUAUGCAAAGCGGUAGAGCGACAGAGAAAACCGAUGUAUACAGUUUCGGAGUUUUGGUUCUGGAAGUCUUGAGUGGUAAACUUCCCACAGAUACCUCCUUCAUCGAGAAAGGCUAUAACGUUGUUGGUUGGCUAAACUUCUUAAUCAGCGAGAACCGUGCACGGGAGAUCGUUGAUAGAAGCUGUCAAGGAGUAGAGACAGAGAGCCUUGAUGCUCUUAUCUCCAUAGCAACAAAGUGUGUUUCUUCAAGUCCAGACGAGCGGCCCACAAUGCAUAGAGUUGUUCAGUUACUUGAGUCUGAAGUUAUGACUCCUUGCCCUAGUGAAUUCUACGAUUCCAGCUCCGAUUGACAAGCAUUCAUAAGUCUCUUCUUCACGAUUUCGGUUUCCUGUUACACAUCAAAAGGUUCGAGCAAUUCAUCUUUUUUGUAUUUUUUGGAAUGUUUUCUUGAAUUGGUUAAACUCUUUCAUUUGAUCUGAAUAUGAAACUAAAUUGUAUAUGUUCAUUGUAGAAACACUGUUAUGUUUCCAUAAGAAGAAUCUGAAUAAUAAUUUCUUGUUUUUUAUAUUUUCC